AAUUGAAACAAAGGGCAUGAAGAAAGCAAGAGGAAAGGAAGGCAUUCUGGAUUUAGUUCCUGACUACCGCAGAUUUCAUUUUUGUUCAAGUUGCUAAAUGCAUGUGUCUCAGUCCUCCAUUUAUAAAAUUAGUAUAACAAUUUUUUUCCAAUCUAAUGCUGGGAAGGUAAUUCAUUAAUGUUUGGGAGGUGCUUAGAUUAUGGUGAUAAGAUCUCUACCAAAGUAUGUAUAAUGAUCAGAACAAUCUCAUUUUCAAAGUGAGAUUCAGCUAAUGUUGUUGUUUAUUGAAUAUUAACUAUGUAAAAUUUCUCACUUUUGUAAAACAAAAGUUAAUAUUUGUAACCUCAGUGGCUUCCUCUCCUAAAGUGUGAGGCCAUUUGGGUCCCUUGCUAAUGACCUACAAAAUUUUGUAGUUAUAUUCUAUAGGAGCUGUAAUUGCUCAGUUCAUUUAAAUAGAGGAAAUAUCAAACUUAAGUUAAGCCACUCCUAUAGUAGGUGCUAUAUUAGUUUUUACUCAAUGCAAGAAAUACUAUUUUUGCAUGUAAAAAUAUUUUACUUAUUUCUUAAUAUUUUAAUGGUAUUCUUUUGUACUUCAAAAAUAGAAAUGUUUGUGCGUGUGCUUUGAUUCAUAAUAAAUUCUACCUUUUGCAGAAAUGCUCUUUCAUGAAACAAAGUAUAUUUUAGAAAUUGUGGACAAUGUGAUCUCAAGGUUAGCCAGACACUGAUAUUUUAUUCAAGGACUAAACUUAGUGUGUCCUAAGAGUUUUAGAUUUUUGCUGACAAAUGUGCAUUGUAGAAAUUUCCCAGCAGGAGAACUGCACGUGAGCUGUUGGUAUUGUACAUGUCAGUCACUUGGUAGUUCUUACAGAAGCAGCAGUAGAGUGAAAAUAAUGUCUUAGUUUCAAUGUGCUGGAGAAGUCUUUUCCUGCAAAAUCAACCUGGAAGCAAUCAGUUACUUCAGAAGAUUAUCUAAUUUGAUCCUAUAAAUACAGUUAACUUCAUAGGUAAAAAAUUUUGCUGUUAUUUAUCUUGUGGAUAUCACAGAAGUACCAGACUUCAACAAGAUGUACGAGUUGUAUGAUCCCUGUACAGUCAUGUUUUUCUUUAGGAAUAAACACAUCAUGAUUGAUUUAGGUACAGGUAACAACAACAAGAUUAACUGGGCGAUGGAAGACAAGCAAGAGAUGAUCGACAUUAUAGAAACCGUUUAUAGAGGAGCUCGUAAAGGUAGAGGUCUCGUGGUGUCGCCAAAAGACUAUUCUACCAAAUACAGAUAUUGACAUUCUGUGACACUUACCCUUUCUCUUUUAGUCCAUCUCCACAUACACAUAAUUAUCCUUUGUAUAUAAAAGUUGAUUUACAUUUUUUUUAUUAUGAACCUGUUUUGAACUCUUAUUUAAAAACUUUGCAAAAUUUCAUUUGAAAAAAUAGAAGACAUGAAGUCUGGAACCAUUUGAUUUCAGAAAUGCAAUAGCUGGAUCAUUCCUUUUGAAUUAAAGGACUUUAACUCUGCAAAUGUCAACCUCUCGGUAUAAUAUAUUUUUUUAACACAAUUCUAUUCUUAGAAAAAUAUGUAAAAAAAUAUGACAAGUUGAAACAAAUGUACAUGAGAAACUUUUAGUGUAGCCUAUUAAUGGAUAAAAAGUAGUGCUGUUAUGUUCUUGCCGUUAGCUUAUUAUCUUUAAUAAUAAUAAAAGUAUUUUGCCUUUCAAGGUACACCUCUUGAA